AACGGACGGGGGAGAGUGAGAAUAAAAAAGAAAGAAAAAGAAGGGUUUUGAUAAAGCAAAAGAAUAUUAUUGAAACAUAAAUUUUGGACUUUCUUUGCAUUUGGCACCCACCCCACAACGAAAUAAAACAAAACAAGCACACAACCAGAGACACACACACGCAUAUAGAGAGAGAGAGAGAGAGAAGAAGAAGGAAGCAGAGGAAGAAGAAGGAGGAGAUCUUGAGAGAUCAGGUCGCAACUUACUUGCAGCUCCCGAGAACCUCAUCUUCUUUCACCGCCAAAGUGUGGCCUUUUCCUUUUCAAAAUGGGGAUACGCGUAUUGGGUCAAAAGAUCAUGGGGAGAGAAGUUACAGGAAUGCAAGUUGUGGACAAGAAGCCAAAUGGCGUAAUACCAGCUUCAAAUGGUAGUUCUAAUGAUAAAGUGUGCAUUUCUCCUAAAAGGACAGCAGCUAAGGUUCAGGCGAAGGAUCACGAGGUAAAUGAAUGUACCAAAGCUAACUCUUUUGUUGAAAAAAGCCAAGAGAAGAUGGAUGGUUUGAGUGCCAAAGCAACAAACUGUAAUACUGACUUGCCUGAGGAGGAGAUUGAGAUAUCUGAAGUGCAGAAAAUGGGUGACAGUAAAAAGUUAAGCUCGCCUGCUGCAAGAAAAGAGCAUACUAGUCACCUUGUUACACAUCCAUCUGAUUUGGUUACUGAAAAGCAUGGAUCCCACACACAGAUUGUUGAUGCUGAAGCUGAUGCAACUGGUCUGAACUUAUCACCAAACACUAACAACAUGCUCUCACCUAUCUCAUCAAAGAAUUCACAGCCAAACUCUCCUUUUUCAUCAAGAAAGACUUUGCAACAUGACAAGAAGAACUAUGAUGAUGAAGAUAAUUGGUCUGUCGCCUCCUCUGCUAUGUCUAUGCGCACAGCUAGAUCUAAGGUAACUCAUGGUUCAGCCCCUACAUUUAGAUGCUCCGAACGUGCAGAGAAACGUAGGGAGUUUUAUCUGAAGUUGGAGGAGAAACACCGAGCUCUUCGAGAAGAGAAAAACCAGUAUGAGGCGAGGUUUAAGGAAGAACAAGAGGCAGCCAUCAAGCAGUUGAGAAAGAACUUGGUAAUUAAAGCAAAUCCAGUACCAAGUUUCUACUAUGAAGCGCCUCCCCCUAAGACUGAACUAAAGAAGCUGCCACUGACUCGGCCAAAAUCACCAAAGCUAAGUCGGAGAAGGAGCCUUGGGGAUGCUCUGAACCCAUCUCCUGAAGUUUGUAGUCGAGGGCGUCACAGCACUGGAGCUGUAGGUCACACCAAGGGUGGUUCAAAUGCCUCUUUCCCUCACAAAAACAACAUUCGACGCAACAGCAAUGGCGUUUGCAAACCUAAAGAACGAACAAAAGAGGAUAAGGAAACAAAAACGGCUCCUCCUAAGAUCACCGACCACGCAAAUGCAGACAUUCCAGUUCAAUCAUGUCCGUUGAGACCGAAAUAGCCUUCAUCACUUCAUUUUCAUGGGGACUGACUUUUGUGACUUGCAAUGGUGUAUAUGUUUUGUAACUUAUAAUAUUGCUACACGGUAUCUCUUCCUAUUAUAUAAUGAGAGUUAUUGAUGUAAUAUGAUGAUGAUUAUGAUGUUUCCCAGACUAGUCCCAUAAAGUAGCUGCUUUCUGCAGGAGCAUUAGGGUUCUUAUUAUACGGAUUUUUCUAUGGUGCUAAAAUUGGGUGUGUUUUGCGUGUUCUUAUCAUGUGAUUAUGAUAUGCACCUUUGUUUUUCCACAA